AUGCGACUCAACCCCGCGAAGUGUGCCUUCAGCGUCACCUCAGGAAAGUUCCUCGGGUUUAUCAUACACGAAAGAGGAAUUGACGCCAACCCGGAGAAGGUCCAGGCAGUCAUCAAUAUGCAGUCACCUCGGACGAUCAAAGACCUGCAGCGCCUUAACGGGAGGCUCGCCGCCAUGUCUCGUUUUCUUGCCCGAUCGGGUGAUCGUUGCCUCCCCUUCUUCCGGGCACUAAAGAACCUGAAGAACUUUCAAUGGAUGGAAGAAUGUGAGGAAGCCUUCAAACAAGUAAAGCAAUGCUUGGCCGGCCUCCCCCGACUUGCCUCAGUGUCUCUCGGGGAGAAGCUCGGCCUCUACCUAGUUGCCUCCCGGCAUGUAGUCAGUUCCGUUCUGAUCAAAGAAAACUCCGGCGAACAGCUACUGGUCUACUACAUCAGCCACGUCCUGAAUGGGCCUGAGGAACGGUACCCACUGAUUGAGAAGCUGGCACUGGCGCUUGUGUUGUCGGCCCGAAAGCUACGCCCCUACUUCCAGGCUCACCCGGUGGAGGUCAUCACUGACCAACCACUCCGGCAGAUCUUGUCUAAGUUUAAUCUUGCAGGCCGUCUUCUCAAAUGGGCAGUGGAGCUCGGCGAGUAUGACGUACGAUACGUGCCAAGAACUAUCAUCAAAGCCCAGUCCGUGGCCGACUUCAUCGCGGAAUUAACUCAGAUCGAGGAUGUGGAUCUCGAGCAACCUUCUGAAGGAUGGGUCCUGCACAUGGACGGAUCGGCCAACUCAAAGGGCGCCGGCGCGGGGCUGGUGCUACUAGCUCCCGACGGGCGAUCAUUCGAGCGUUCCCUCCGCUUCGGGUUCCAAGUCACUAACAACGAGGCGGAAUACGAGGCGCUCCUAGUAGGACUCAGGUUGGCCCUCAAAAUGCAAGUGGAUGCCAUACACGUCCUCACUGACUCGCAGUUGGUAGCCGAGCAACUCAGCGGCGGAUACGAGGCUCGGGACCUAGUCAUGGCGAAGUACUUGGCACAGGUAAAGAACCUGAUCGCCAAGUUCCCUCAUUUUACAUUAUCUAAUGUCCCAAGGGGAGAGAACGAGCGAGCCGACGCACUAGCUAAGUUGGCAUCGAAAUCAGCCCCCAAAGCCCGGCCCGAGGUCGAGGAGCUCCCUUUCCGUGCCAUCGAAAUCGCUGCUGCGGCCUCGGGCGGCGCGCCGACCACGUGGGCUCAAGAGAUGCUACGCUUCAAGCAGGACGAGACCCUUCCCCCCGACGAGGCUAUGGCUCGGCGCCUGCGCCGUACACAUGCGUGGUACUCCAAGAUGGGCGGACGACUCUAUAAGCGGUCCUUCACAUACCCUCUCCUACGGUACUUGGAGCCCGACGAAGCUCGGAUGGUUCUGGCCGAGGUCCACGAAGGAGUCUGCGGGGAGCACAUUGGCGGGCGAACCCAGGCGCACAAAAUACUUCGCCAAGGAUUCUACUGGCUGACCAUGUGCCGAGACGCGAAGGUCUACGUGCAACGGUGCGGUUCGUGCCAAGAGCACGCCCGCGCACCCCGGCAGCCCGCGGUCCCGCUCACCCCCAUCGAUUGCGCAUGGCCGUUCGCACAGUGGGGUCUGGACCUGCUCGGACCUUUCCCGCCAGCCUCGGGACAGCGGAAAUACAUCAUCGUGAGAGUGGAUUACUUCACCAAGUGGGUUGAGGCCGAGCCACUAGCGACGAUCACGGAGCGGCAAAUAGAAAAGUUCGUGUGGAGGAACCUAGUGACUCGGUUUGGCCUGCCCAAAACCAUCAUUACAGACAAUGGGCCUCAGUUCGCCAGCGAAAAGUUCCGAGAGUUCUACGCAAGCCACGGGAUCCAACUGAGGUUCAGCUCAGUGGCUUACCCUCAGACGAACGGGCUAGCGGAAGUAACCAGCCGAUCCAUUCUAGACGGGCUCAAAAGAAGAGUGUCCGCAGCAUGA